AUGGAGAGGCCAGAGGUUAGGGCACUAGCACGUGCCUAUGCUAUGAGAGCUCAGGAGGAGCAAGAUGUGCCUGAUGUGAUUUGGGGUACUUUCUUUCUCUAUAAUAUGCUUGUGCAUACAUUGGUAGACCCAGGAUGCACACAUUCAUAUAUUUGUAUUACUUUGCCUGUGGAGAGAGGAGUUCAAAUUGAUGAGACUGAGCAGGAUAUUUUGGUCACUAACCCUUUAGGCCAUAGUAUAGUGGUAAAUAAGGUCUAUAAGGGUUAUCCCUUAAAAAUUCAGGGACAUGAGUUUUUGGCCAACAUGAUUGAACUGCCAUUCCAUGAAUUUGACAUGAUACUAGGGAUGGAUUGGUUAUCACAUCAUCAGGUAAUGGUAGAUUAUCGGUUGAAGCAGAUCACCUUAAAAACUGCCAAUAAUGAAGAAGUGACAGUUGUGGAUGAAAGGACAGGCUACCUUUCCAAGUCGUAUCGGCCACAGUAG